CAUCGCCUUCCCAAUGCGCCAUCAUUGCGCCGCCUGACGUGGCAUGUUCUUGCGUGGCCACGUCGCUCCCUUUGGCCUCCUCUCCUCCUAUAUAAAGGCCUCCACCCCUCUUCUUUGUUCACUUUCCGCGAUCAGCCCUCCGAGUCAAGUAAGUUCCCCUUUCCUUCUAUACUUUUCCCAGUCAUGUCUCCUCUUAGCGAUGGGGUCUCUUCCUCAGAGGACUGCUCCUCUGAGAAUUCCAACUCCUCUUCCUCGACCGGGUCUUCUUCUCUUGACUCUUCGCCCGGCCAGGUUCCCAACUCCUCCAUUCCCGACCCGCAUCCUGUAAAUCAGGUGCCCGGUGAAACUUUCGUGGGGAGGGAUGACCCGGUCGAUGACGAACCGGGCCCCUAUGACCCCGAACAUGAAACCCGGGACGGGUGGGAGGAGCGGCUUCACGCUGCCGGUUACUUUCCGCUUCCCACUUUCUAUGUCCUUGACAUACCUUCCCGUGUAUCCAAAAUCGCUUUAAAUAAAAUCCGUAGGAGGCUCCCGGAUGGGUAUACCCUCCUCUACGAACCCAACUGGCCCAAUAUCGUUGAACCCCACCGGGAGGAUAGGAUAGGGUUUCAUACCAUUUCCCUGGACGCGGGUAUAGUUUUUCCCCCUCGCCCCCUCCUUACUGAGGUUUGCCAUGCGUUUAGGAUUUUGCCCGGCCAAAUAACUCCUAACGCCCACCGGUACCUCCACUCCUUCGUAAACAUCUGUACCCAUCUAAAAAUCUUCCCUUCUUUGCGUCUCUUCCUUUUUUGCUUCGAAGUCCCACCGGGCGGGGCUGGCUGCGAAGGUUUUGUAUUCUUCAAAGCUCGCACCGGCAGGAAGUUCAUUUCCGAAGUCCCCCAGAGUAACCGGGGAUGGAAGGAAAAAUUUGUUUUUAUCGAAUUUCCCCCCUUCUUCACUCCUCUGGCCGGUCUGAAGUGGAACGACCAUCUGCUCGACCAAGAGUACGCUGCACCGGCCUCCUCCCCAGACUUGGAAGCCAACCUCGAGAUCCUCAUGCGGGGAUCCUCAAACCGGGAGGAUCUUCCAUCAAGGCAGCUGGACAUGGAGUUCGAAGAAUUCACCAUGCCCGAAGAUCAGCCCGAGGGAGAGACCGGUGGUUCUCAGGCCGGUACUGCGAAAACCUUCAAGGUCCAACCAGAGACCGUGGAAAUCCACGAUUUGGACGAGCCGGAGGAUGACCGGUCAAAAGGGAAGGGCAAGGAGAAAACCGGCCGCCGGAUAAGAAAGGUGGCCACCACACACCCAUCCUUUGCCAAGAAGAGGCAAAAAGGGGACUCAGAGCCGGCCGGCCAGUCUAUUGAAGAGGCCUUCAUCAACCUGGGCCUGAGGCUGAAGGAGGUAAGUCCUGUUGCUACCCCGGUCUUUUGAUCUUCUUUUUCCCUUGACGAGAAUCUUACCGG